AUGAAUGCAGGCGCGAGUGGAGACGCUCAGUCUAACCCGACAUCAUCGACUUCUACUUCUACAACAGAGCACGAUUUCCGCUUUCCUCGAAGACCCACCGCCGCUCAGAAAUCGGGAGAGGCCUCUUCCUCCACCGUCACUCUACAACCCGGUAACACCACGACCAGCACAAGCACGAACACAAGGGAGAUAAGCGCGAGUGCUUUGGGCAAGCUGGAUUUCUCGGUGGCCAACAGUGCGCGCAAGGAAUUGCUGCGCGAAACCAUCUUUCCAGCAUGGAAAGACGAUGCCGCUGGCGAAGAACUCGAUAGUCCUGAUGAGAUGCAAAAGAAAGACCCUCUCGCGACACAAAUAUGGCGACUAUAUAGCAAGACCAAGAAGCAACUCCCUAAUCAAGAGCGUAUGGAGAACUUGACUUGGCGCAUGAUGGCUAUGAGUCUGCGAAAACGCAGACAGGAGGAAGCUGCUCGAUUGUUGAAGCAGAAUAGUAUGCCCGCGCCGAGUGGAAUUGCACAGUUGAGGAAAUCUUCCGAUCAGACACCAUCUGCGACAACAGAAAGCCAAGAUCCCAUGAACCUCGAUGACUUUAUAUUCUCCGAUAAUAUCUCAACGCCUGCGGGGCUUGGAACAUCGCCCUCCCCAGAGCUUGCCAAGAAGGAGUCUGAGAAGUCUUCUAAUGCUGUAGCUUCUGCGAUACCUAUUAAGAUGCGCAAGGAGUCGUCCCAAUUCGCCGUGCCCCAAUCUGUACCUGUCCCGCACCAUAAUCCUCGCAGCAACGAAGAGUUUAAUUAUGUGCAAAGACAUGUUCGAAAGACGAGCAUUGAUGAGAGACGCCCUCGGAAGCGUCCGGCGGAUUUCUCUCCCCAAGUACCAGCAGUGAACAGCAUCAUGAUACCCAAUGAACCCGAUCAUGAAGCCGAUUUGAAUGAAUACUCUCUCGAUCAACCACAUCCUCCUGAAAUGCAUCAUCACAAUCAUCACGGGAUGCCUUUCCAUAUCGAUACUUUUAAUAUGGAACACGAUCCGAUAAUCACUUCUGCGGGACCUUUCCAGCAGAACUUCUCUUUCUCGCCCACACACUCCCCCCUCGUGCAGCACGGCCCAUUUUCCAACCUGUAUAAUAGCGCCUCGAUGGGCUCUUCCUCCCUGAACUCAAAUGAUUAUUAUUCUCCUCCAGGAAGUGCUUAUCCAUCCGCUGUCUCGACACCGCAGCCAAUUCCAGAGAACGAGCAGAUGUACUUCCAGCAUGGGAUGGAUAUGCGCCAUCAAAGGCCGCACACGUUCAGCCAUGGUCCCUCGAGUCUGUCCAACUCAAUGGCACCACAAUACAUGUAUAAUGCCAACGGUGGCUCGAUGUUCACCGCAGUUACGAGCGCUGGUCCCUCGAAUUCCUACACCUCUCCCGGUUCGUUCAUGAACCAGCACAUCGAUCCAUCGCAAGUCUUCCAGUCCGAUCACCCAGCGAGGUCGCCUGGAGUUCAUGUCGGCCAUGAGAAUGUCUUCACGUUUGGUGGUGACUCCGAUAACGAGGAUGAAGAAGGGGCAGCUUUUGCUGAUCGCACACUGAUGAUGCAACACGACUUCGCGCAAUCACCAAUGGAGGAUCCUAACAUGGAAAUGGGUCCUGGCGGAUUACAGUGGGAUGCCAGCUUACCGGGACAGUUCAAUACUCAAGCUGCUCGUUAUCCUGGAGGUCCUCCUAGGAAACAAGUCACUAUCGGUGGUACUGCUGAUAUGGGCUCUUCCUUGGAAUGGGACGGGUCAGGAGGUUCACUCGGUCGAGCGCACAAUUCUACCCAAUCCGUUUCGGAUAACCGCUCGAGAACUGAUAGGAGACAGAAGAUUCCUCGAACAGCAUCGACUCCCAAUGCUGCUUUGAUGGGUCAGAGAAAUGGCAUGUUCGACCAUAUGGAUCCAUCGAAUCCGAAUUCCCCACCUGAUGCUAGCAACAUGUCAGGCUUCUCUUCUGUUGCUCCAAGUCGCCCAUCAUCACCUGGAGGCUCAAAACAUGGUUCUGCGACUAAUCUCGCUGGCGCUGCUGCACAAGGAGAGAAUGGAGUUCCAACAACAUGUACGAACUGCUUCACUCAAACCACACCUUUAUGGCGACGAAAUCCAGAGGGUCACCCGUUAUGCAAUGCCUGUGGUCUUUUCUUGAAGCUCCACGGCGUUGUCCGUCCCCUUUCUUUGAAGACAGACGUUAUCAAGAAGCGUAAUCGUGGCUCAGGUGCCUCCUUACCUGUUGGAGGAUCUGGUGGCGCUGCUACUCGUGCUUCAAAAAAGAUGGGCGCUCAACCACCGAGCAGCGGACCAAAUACCAGGAAGAACUCCAUUGUGACGCCUACUACCACUACUGCACCACCAACCCAAGCUACAACGCCUACAAGUGUCCGUGCAAGAAGCGUUAACGAAAGCCAAAGUCCUCCUUCAGUCUCUGGAUCGGGAGGAGGUGGUGGUAGUACAGCGAGCACGCCAACCUCAUAUCACGGCUCUGCAGGAUCUUCUGUUGGCACGACUGGAAUUAGUGGUGGAAAGGGUGUUAUCCCAAUAGCGGCAGCUCCGCCCAAAGCCACUCCUGGACCUGGCGCAGCUUCUAGUGCUCCGAGACCGAAUGUUGCUGUUGCACCAAAACGGCAGAGACGCCACAGCAAAAGCGUCAGCGCCAUCGAGAGUAUGGAUGUUGACUCUCCAGAAAAUUCAACUGGUUCCAACGAGGCGGCCAAAGCUAUGGGAAUGGGUAUGAUGGGUUCAGGCGGCAGUAUGACCAAUAUGGGUCUCGCAAACGGCUUCGGUAUGACACAGAGACCGAUGGGACCAGGAGGUAUGAUGCCUGGCAUGGGCGGCAUGGGUGGACCUCCUCCUGGCAUGGUGAUGGGCCAGAACGGCGUUGGGGGCGCCGGCACUGGACCUCAAGAGUGGGAGUGGUUGACGAUGAGUCUGUGA